AUGGUAUUUCGAAAAUAUAGGCCUGCUAAAGAUUUCUCAAAGAAUAAUACAAGAAUUUUUAAAGAAAUUUUAAAAGCCAAAAAUUUAAGACAUAUGGCCAGAUUUGAAAUACCAGAAGUUUUACUUGAAAAUAAAGUAGAAGUUUAUGAUCCUAAUGUGGUUAGUUUUGUUGAAAAGCCGAAUCCAAUCUUGGAACAAUUUAAAAGUUUGAAUCUCAAUUCAAUGAAUAUUAAUAAACCAACAAUUAAGGAUCAUCCUUUAUUUAAAGAAAGAGAGUGCCUUUUAUUUGAAUCAAAAGAACCAUUUUCAGAUGGUGUAGAUCAAGCUUGUAAUCUUACUAAUUCAGUAUUAAGAUCAACAUUUCCUUCUUUUUUUGACAAUGCAAUAAAAAAAAUAACUUUACCUAAUGACUUUGAUAAGGAAAUUGAAAAUUGUAUUCUUGCUGGGGAAAGAUUUGAUCCAACAUUAGAGAAAUUACCUAGACGUUUUGAUCCUAUAAUUUUCUGGGUUAAACAUCCACGUUUUUAUGGAACUCCAGUUAUAAAAAGAGGAAAUAUUAUUUUGUCAAGUAUUUAUCGAAAAUUUUUAAUAUUAGCAUAUGGUAGAGAGGAAAUGUUAGAUGUUCGUACAGAUUUUGAUGCACCAUUAUCUGGAAUGUUAGAUCUUUCUGGUCAUUUUAAUAAUCAACCUUUAGUAGUUCGAGGAUGCCCACAUAUAAUACUUCAAAAGCCUUCUCCAGCGGAAUUAUGGUCCUCUAUGGAUGUAGUUAAAGGUACUACACAAGAAAAUGUACCCGAGUUAAGAGCAAUCGAAGCAACUUUAGAUUUAGAUAAAGAUAACAUAUAUAAUGAUGAAUCUGUUAUUGUUAGAAGUAGAUUUCCUCUUUAUAUUCAAACUAUUAUGUAUACAAUGGAAAGAGAUCAAAAAUAUCCAUGGACACUUGAACAAAGAAAAGCAAAUGUUAUCAUGAAUUGUUUUGGAGCAGCAUUAGCUCAAGCAGGAAGAACUUUGCCAGAUAUGAAGUCUAUUAAAACUGUAGAUGAAAUCGAAGAAGGACUUCAAGAAAAACCUCUUGUAGUAAAGGCUGUACAAUUAUAUAAUGGGAAACUAGACAUCGCUGUAAUUCAAUUGAACAGUCUUAAGUUGGAUAAAAAAGGAAUUAAGAACGAAGUUUGGUUAAAGGCAAAUCUCCCGUUGUAUGAAACAAAGCCUUUCUGGGAAAAUAUGGAUACUGUGGAAGGAUUAAAUAUGGAAACAGUGGAAGACUUUGGUAAAUUAAUACUUUGUUAG